AUGGUCUUCGGGUUCUUCGAAAGUCAUUGGUCCUUCGACCAGAUCCCUGAUCUCACUGGCAAAGUGGCCAUCGUCACCGGUGGGAACUCGGGCUUGGGCUACAUCACCUGUUUAGAACUUGCUCGAAAGAAUGCCCGAGUAUAUAUGGCUUCACGGAAUCAAACCAAAGCAGAAGAAGCGAUCCAAAAAAUCAAACAAGAAUUAACCACCAAACCUGAUAACGAUAGCAAGAAAAAAUCGGCAUCAUCAUCAUCAGGAGAGGAUUCGAAGAGUAAUGAUCAGAUCAAGGAGCCGUUCAUCGAGUUCUUGGAGUUCGAUCUCACCAAAAUCUCGGCCGGAAAAAAAACGGCUGAGGCGUUUCUUUCGAAAGAAGACCGGCUGGACAUGUUGAUCAACAAUGCCGGAAUAAUGGCGACGCCAUAUGAGCUAAGCGAAGAUGGGAUCGAGCUCCAAGCGUGUAACGGGACCGGCCACUUCGGCCUGACGAUCCCAUUACUGCCGAUCCUGAAGAAGACGGAUGCCGCGGGGUCGCAAGUGCGGAUCGUGAAUCUGUCGAGCAUUGCCCAUCGGACGGCGGCCUCCAAGCCCGACUUCUCCUCCCUCGAGGCCCUCAAUCGCAAGUACUCUUCCACUUGGAUCCGCUAUGGAAAUAGCAAACUUUCUAAUAUCUUGUUUAAUAGCGAGCUUCAGAGACGUCUAGAGGGAACCAACAUCCAUUGCUUGGCUGUCCAUCCUGGGGUCGUAGAUACCGACUUGUUCAGAGGACUCGGUGAAUCGUUUCCACUUCUGAAACCGUUCCUAGGUGUCAAGUCGUUGUUCAGAGGGACUGUGCUCAUCAGUCCUGAACAAGGCGCCAUCACCCAAUUGUAUGCAGCCACCUCACCUGAAGUGGUCGAGAAAAACCUCAAGGGCAAAUAUUUGGUCCCCUAUGCUAAACUUGAAACUCCAAACCAAUUGGCUCAAGAUCCUGAUCACACUUUGGCGCUCCAGUUCUGGUCCCUGUGUGAAACCUUAUACCAAUCUAAAAUUUAA